AUGGCAGCCAUUAUCAAGACUACCCUCCUCAACCGCACCGUCGGCGUUGUUACAGGCGCUGCCUCGGGUAUCGGCGCAGCUGCUCUCGAGUGCUUUGCUGCAGCUGGGGCGCACGCCAUCUAUGCUGCCGACAUCAAGGCCCCCACCAACACGGACCUCAAGGCUAAGGGAUAUGAUUCCGAGGUUAUUGGGGUAGCCUGUGACAUCACCAAAGAAGACCAGGUCGAGGCACUGGUUCGCCGCAUCAUCAAGGACCAAGGUCGCCUGGACUGGUUCUUUGCAAAUGCUGGUAUUGUCGACUUUGAGGUGCUGAACACGACGACCUCUUCGGGCCUCACUCGCAUGCUCGACGUCAACGUGGUAGGCGCUUUCAACAGCGUUCAGUGGGCCGCGCGUGGUAUGAUGAACACCAGCGAUGCCAAGCCCAAGUCUGGCGGAAGCAUUAUCAUCACUACGUCACUGGCAACUACCUUUGGUGGUAUGGGUGCUCCCGCCUACACGAUCUCCAAGCACGCAACUGUCGGUCUGGUCCGCUCGGCAGCGACCAACCUCAAAAUGGCCGGCACUGGCAUUCGUGUCAAUGGCGUGGGACCUGGCCCAACCCAGACAAACAUUGGCCAGAAUAACGUGGGCGCCGCUUCCGAGCAGGCGCGUAACGCAAUGAUGGCCAAAAUGGGGGCCAUGGCCCAGGCUCCUCCAGAGGCCGCGGCCCUGAUGGCUGAGAACGUUGCUCCUCCCGAGCUCAUCGCUCAGACGGCCGUCUUCCUCGCCAGUGACAUGAGCGGCGGUGUUAACGGAGAGAACAUUAUCGUUGACAAGGGUCUCCGCCAGCUGCCCGAUCCCAUGAGCGGCCUCAUGUUCCAGCCCGUCUUUGAACCCAUUGACGUCUAG